GCUGGGAUCUGCGCUGCGAGGUUGCUCCAGUCGCCCCGACUCCGCGUUCGCUUGAGGUACGGACGAAUGAUGCGCGCGAAGCGAGGGCGCUAUCACCGAACCACCGAACGAGACGGUGUAUGACAUGCUUCUAGGAUUCAUGUACUAUUCGAGACUCCCUUUAUUUUUAUGGUCAAGGCUGCGAAUCUCUGUUCACAAGUGGAAGGUCUGAAAUAUAAUAUUCACGGCCUUCGGUGCACCGAUGUUACGCAACACGUUUCUUUCCAUACCCAAAUCAUGCUCGCCCGCCAGAAGAACCCGCUUGUUGGUAUCGUCAAAGGUCGACCUAGUGCGACAACCAUUCACGCCAAGUUUUUGAAUCAGUCCCCUCAAGGUUUCCUCCACAAAGUUUUCCUUAUCGUAGAAGGGAAGCUUCAAGACUUUGACGGAUACUACUUGAAAGAGAGGUUGACGACGUGAGCCUGAUAUAUCACACAAAUGAGACACGGCCUUGGAAUUCGUGAUACAGACCAAGACUUAGAACGCUAUUGGCAGAUACCCAGUUUAAAGAGUUGACACAAAUAUCAAUCCACGGAGGCCCUGGAGUACAGAUCAGAUGAUAUUGGUCGAGAAAGCUAAGGUGCGCCGCUGCAUAACAUUCAGCUUCGCGCACCAGGGCGCACAAAUUGUGUGUCUAAAACUCGCCUUCAAAAUGAGAGAGAAGACGCGGGCUCCUGGUGGGCACGUGAACCGAAGAAACGUUCCUGCAGAGACAAAAGUGAUCCCACAGGCAGGAGGCUUGCACUAUUAGUUGUACCAAGAAAAAGCGCAAAAGACAGAGUCGACGAUGACGUGAUGAAGGACAAGAGCUCACAGCGCGCAGCCUGGUUGAAAGCUAUAAGGCGGACUGAAGCGAAAGUUGAGAGAAUCUUGGGUAAGAGUGAAGGAACACGUUUGCCAUGAGCAGGACAAUCCUCGCAUUCACGGCUGUAUUUCCAAUUCACAUUCAAUUCCCCAGCGAUACCAUCUUCAAUUCGCGGACUAUCCAAGGAGGCGUAGAAGACGAUCCCCCAACGAGAGCUGAAUCGAUUUAUCUUCUGCCUCCUCUCAGCUUUUGGGUUUAAGUCGACCUCUCGGGUUGGUCUACAGUGGUAUGAAUUGCCCGCUAGAUGUAGCGAACAUGUUUUAGGUUCUUUUUGCGAACAGUCUCUCCCGCUGAUCAUUACUAUGUACGUCCCUGAGUACGCUUUUAAUACACUGACAUCUUAGCUAUGCUCCAUUCAAAGGAAUCUCUGCUUUGAGUGAUUAAAGCAGCUAUUUGUUAUUGAUGGUGUUUCUUCGCCAGGAUAUGGAAAAAAAAAGGUCCACACUAUGAUGGAAGAUAAAUCGAGAGCGUGUCGUAUAUCAACAACCAACUUAUGUCCCGGAAGAAGAGAGGCUCUGUUGCUCAAGCCUAUAUACCGCGACAGAGCAAGUGGCUGUGGGAAUCUAUCGUCAAAGGAUUAGCUUGUCCUAUACGGAGUUGCCCCCACAAAUGCUGCAAAUCCACACUGUGAUACAAGGAACGGGACUUUCGAUCCAGAAUACCUGGCUUCGCGCAAACGAACAAUAAGUAACAAUGGUGUAAUCUACAUUACAUCAGCACCGAAAUUGGACAUGGUCUCAGAGCGUGGGUCCACAGAAAUUGGGGAGUAGUAAACAAGGUGAACUUGAUAGCGACAAAGGGGAAACCUUUGGCUCCAGCGGAGAGACGGCUGCAACUUUCGGAUCGAGAUCGCUGGUCAUACAAGUGCCACGACCGAGCACUUCAUCCACCAAAUACAGGAGAAAUAUCGCAUCGGAGCAGAGAGAAAGCACAACCGGCAGUCUAGGGUUAAGGACACAGAGCUGUUAUAUGGAGGUUCGGGCAAGGCAAUUGUAAGCUUGAAAAUCGGCAAUGGCUUACUUAGUAUAAGGGACGGCUGAAGUAAGAACUUAUUCAUCUAUGUCCGAAGGAUUGCCUGCCGAAACUUCAGCAGCACCCCGCAAGCUGGAGCGUUUGUGGGGCUCUGACCAAUGAGACAGCUCGAAUAUCAUGCCCCAGACCGCUCGAAGGCUUGGUAGCGUUUGCCCGAAAACACGACCGACAUCAUCUCGAUGCGACUAUAUAUUGGGUGUGUAUCAUCAGCUGGUGCGAGAUCUAGAGCUUCAACGCACCGUUUAGAUACAUACAUUGAAAGAAAAAUUUUCUAGCCUCAUCAAGCUCCAGCAAUCUUCGAGGCUUUGCAUGUCCCCCCUACGCUGAUCACCUAUAUUCCCCUGCACACAAUAUUCUGUUCCAUAUCGAUCGCACGUCUACGGAUCUUCACUCGUCAGGAUGGCUAUUCUGGACUCACUACUGACGCCGUACACGGUGCUACUUUUACCUGCUUUAUUCUACCUUGUGCCGUAUUUUCAGAAUUGGGGACUGCAUGAUAUACCAGCUCCCUUUCCAGCUCAGUUUACGAAUCUGUGGCUAAUGCUACAGGCCCGUCGUGGCAAAAGAUAUCUAGCAGUCGACGAAGCCCACAAGAAAUACGGCAAGCUUGUCAGAAUUCAACCAAAUCACGUGUCGGUUGCAGAUGACAAGGCCAUCCAGGCCAUUUACGGUCACGGCAACGGUUUCUUAAAAUCUGAAUACUACGAUGCUUUUGUUUCGAUCAGGCGGGGUUUGUUCAACACUCGCGAUCGAGCGGAGCAUACCCGCAAACGCAAAACGGUGUCUCAUACGUUUAGUGCAAAGUCUGUAGGCCAGUUCGAGCAAUACAUGCAUCACAACCUCGAAUUGUUUGAGACACAGUGGAGCAAGUUGUCUGAAAGUGCAAAUGGAGGCUAUGCUAAGAUCGACGCCCUUAAUUGGUUCAACUAUCUCGCCUUCGAUAUCAUCGGAGAUCUUGCCUUCGGUGCUCCGUUUGGCAUGCUUAAGAAAGGCAAAGACGAGGCUGAAAUGAGAAGCUCGCCAGACGCCCCAGUAACGUAUGUACCAGCUGUUGAAGUGCUGAACAGGAGAGGCGAAGUAUCUGGAACGAUUGGCUGCUGGCCUGCAAUCAAGCCUUACGCGAGGUUCCUACCGGACAAGUUUUUCCGUCAAGGUGUUCAAGCCGUCGAGAAUCUCGCCGGUAUUGCCAUUGCUCGAGUCAAAGAUCGCUUGGAUAAUCCCGACCGUGCCCGCAAUCGGGUUGAUCUCCUGGCUCGUCUGAUGGAGGGCAAGGACGCGUCCGGAAACAAGCUGGGUCGCGAAGAACUUACUGCUGAAGCUCUGACGCAACUUAUCGCCGGAAGCGACACGACUAGCAACACUUCAUGCGCUCUGCUCUUCCACGUGCUCAAGAAUCCCCACGUCAUUCCGAAACUACAGGAAGAGCUCGACAAUGCACUCCCGAUCCAAGGCGUUCCCUCGUACGAGCAAAUCAAGGAUCUUCCUUACGUGGAUGCUGUCAUCAAAGAGACCAUGCGCAUUCACUCGACGUCUUCCCUUGGACUACCGCGUAUCGUCGUUGGUGAAGGUAUCACCUUGCAGAACCACUUCUUCCCGGCUGGCACCACUCUCUCCGUCCCCGCUUAUACUAUUCACCACUCGAAGGAAAUUUGGGGCCCAGACGCAGAUGAGUUCCGCCCGGAGCGAUGGGCCAAGGACCGGUUGACAGACAGGCAAAAGGAAGCAUUUAUCCCAUUCAGCUACGGCCCGAGAUCGUGCGUUGGCCGCAACGUCGCGGAGAUGGAGAUGGCGCUCAUCGUGAGCACCGUGUUCAGAAACUUCGAGUUUGAGCUGUACCAGGACACAUUGGAAACGCGAGAGGGAUUUUUGAGGAAGCCGCUGGAGUUGCAGGUCGGUGUCAGAAGAAGGAAGAACUAAGGGCGCAUGAUUGUAGUUGUGAAAGCAUUAGUCUAUGUGCUGGACGAAGCGAGUACGGGCUCAUUCAAGUGGCGUUUUGUUUUAGAUGGCUGGCUCUAGCAGAUCUUGUAUGGAAGUAUGAAUAUAUCGAAAUAUUGUACAAUCAAAUCUUGGAUGUAGAUGGACCAGAUGAGUAGCUUGCCUCAAAGAGGCAGUCCUAUUGUAAAGGGGGACAAAACCUGUCGGAAUAUGCUUGUGGGCGCUUGUUCUG